AUGUCGUCUUCUUUGGCCUCCUCGUCCUACCGCCGCAGGAUCCUCGACUCCAAGGUGGCGGCCACCCACGCGCUCUACUCUUCCCGCCUCCCCUCCCGCUCCAGGCAGACUGCGCACACCAGGAUUGGCGCCACCACCACAGCUCACGGAGUUGAGAGUAGCAUCAUCAGUGUCCUAACUAUGCAUCACUGGGAGACCUUGAAUCACAUGGCCUACAAAUUUGGGAAGCUUGACAGGGUUCAUGGAAAACUAGCCUUGAAGAUACUGGGUUCUAUUGUGCAACAAUCAGGCUUAGAGCGAAUUACCCAUAUUUACUGCAUGACUGCUCAUAUCCUCAUCCAAGCUCAAAUGCAUCCACAAGCAAUAUCAGUGUUGAAGCAUCUUGCUGUAGGAGGCUUCUCUUGCAGUGCUAUAUUGAGCGCUCUUUUGCGAACCAUCUCCCGUUGUGAUUCCAGUCCCAUGGUUUUUGACCUUCUUGUCAACGCAUAUCUGAAGGAAAAGAAAGUUGUUGAUGCAAGUAAGGCGAUUUUAUUGAUGGAUGCAUGCGGAUUUAAGGCUUCAGCUCAUUCUUGCAAUGCUGUCCUUAAUGCUCUUGUGGAAGUUGGGGAAUCAAAACAUGUUUGGUUCUUCUUAAAAGAAAUUCUGGCCAGGAAGUUCCCUUUGGAUGUCAUUACUUGCAAUAUUGUGCUGAAUUCUCUGUGCCUUGAGGGUAACCUUAAACGUGCUAAUCUUAUGCUACAAAAUAUGAAGAGUUGCUCCUUAGCAAAUGUGGUUACUUAUAAUACAAUACUUUACUGGUAUGUUAAGAAGGGAAGGUUCAAGGCUUCCAUGUGUGUCUUCGAAGAUAUGGAGAAGAAUUGUGUAGAGCCAGAUGUAUAUACUUACAACAUCAUGAUAGAUAAGUUAUGUAGAAUGAAGAGGAGUGCACGUGCCUACCUUUUGCUCAAAAGAAUGAGGGAAGAUAACUUAUCACCUGAUGAAUGUACAUAUAAUACUUUGAUCAAAGGUUUCUUUGAUGAAGGUAAGAUGAAACUUGCUAUCUAUAUCUUCAACGAAAUGCUGAAACAGAGCCUGAAACCAAGUCUAGCUACUUACACUACCUUGAUUGAUGGGUAUUGCCGAAAUGGGACCACUGAUGAAGCUUUAAGAGUUCUAUGUGAAAUGCAAGUUGCUGGUGUAAAACCAAGUGAAUUAACUUACAGUGCCAUGCUGAAUGGUUAUUGCAAAGCUUCCAUGCUGGGACAUGCAAUGAAUCUUAUUGAAGUUCUGAAAGCAAGAGGUACAACAAUCAAUAGGACUAUGUAUACUAUUCUGAUUGAUGGUUUCUGUCAGCUAGGAGUGGUUUCUAAGGCCAAACAAAUAUUAAAGUGCAUGCUUGUUGAUGGGAUUGAUCCAGAUGUUAUUACUUACUCAGCAUUGAUUAAUGGUAUGUGCAAGAUGGGUAAGCUGGAUGAAACAAAAGAGAUUUUGCCAAGGAUGCAAAAAACUGGAGUUUUGCCUAAUGAGGUGCUUUAUACAACUCUAGUUUGCUAUUGUUGUAAGGCUGGAUAUGUCAGAGAAGCACUGAAGUAUUUUGUGGACAUCUAUCGAAGGGGCCUAACUGCCAAUUCAUUCAUCCAUAAUACGUUAUUAUGCUCGUUGUAUGGAAAAGGAAUGAUUGCACAGGCUGAGAAAUUCAAACAAUACAUGUCUAGGAUGCAGAUAUCAUUUGAUGUCGCCGCUUUCAACUGUAUAAUAGACUACUACUGCACCAAAGGGAUCUGCAAAGAUGGGACACUAGAUGAAGCUCUGGAUUUAUGUGAGAAAAUGGUUACAAGUAACUUUCUACCUGACAUCCAUACCUACACGAUUCUUCUUAGUGGUUUUUGCAGAAAAGGUAAAAUUGUACCCGCGGUCAUCUUGUUGCAGAUGAUGUUGCAGAAAGGGUUUGUCCCAGAUAUUGUUACAUAUACAUGUUUGUUGAAUGGUUUGAUCAAGGAAGGCCAACUUAAGGUUGCUUCUUACCUGUUCCAGGAGAUCAUAUGCAAGGAAGGCAUGUAUGCUGAUUGUAUUGCCUACAACUCAAUGAUAAAUGGGUACCUAAAGGCAGGAAUGAUACAUAAAGUAGAUAUGAUGAUUUGUGAUAUGCAUCGUAAUGAGGUUUCUCCAAACCCGGCUAGUUAUAAUAUUCUUAUGCAUGGAUAUGGUAAGGAAAGGGAUUAG